AUGAUGGUCGAGUGCUCCUUAUCCCGCAAAUCGAAAACCCUAACCGAGCCAUCGGCUGAGACGGAGGCGAAAACCCCCACACCUCCCCAGGCUAUGUCCUGCGUGUCCACCACUUCCUUCUCGAUAUCCCAGAUGGUGCAGGUGGUGUCGAUGCUGGAGGUGCCGAUCCUCCGCGGCUCGGCCUCGUUCCAGUCGAAGGAGGUGAGCGGCCCGGAGAACUCGCUGUUGCGGUUGUUGUUCAGAAGGCUCUUGAGCUCAACGCGGCGGCCGCCUUCAUGGCGUAGAUGUGCCAUGGGGCUUCGUAGGUGUAGAUCUCGGAGCGGCGAUGCUGCUCGUCCGACACGUCUUGGUUCGGGUCGCCGCUUGCCCCCAUCUUUUUUGUGUGCCCUAAUCGAGUUUUUUGCUCCGGCGCUGUGUAUUUCACCGCCGGUGGCCGGAGAGAAGGAAAUCGCGCCGGAGGAGGGUGUACCCUAG